CCAACAAGCGCUAUAGGUAUGAGGAUCUGUUUCACUGCUGCUGAGCCUGGACUAUUCCAGUUGCAAGGGUGCUGAGCCUCGGGCUGGACAGAAAUGCUUUCAAACUGAGCGAAGACCAGAACAGUGCAACGUUGAUGUGAGUAAUACCUUUCGUGAAGAAACGGAUGGUCUGGUGCGAUGAUCUAAACCCCACUAAAACAGGGGCUGGAGGGGCGCAUCUUAAGUCAGUCACAGACGGACUUCCUCAUGUGUCUCCAGUGGCUGUUUAUGGACUUUAGUUAGCUGCUGCGCCUGGGAGUCUCUGAAGGCUCUUCUCACAGAGCUGUUGAGACUGGCUGAAACGGCGCAGUCAUGCUGGCCCUGUUCUGCUUAAUGGACUAAAGACCUCCACAGAUGUUCCCAAAAUGUGUCGGAGAGGGAGGGAAGCAUGGUUGCUUCAACCUGUACAUCAUUUUAUUUGAGGAAUCAUCUGUUUUAUACCCUGGGACUCCAAUAAAAAGAAAGUACAGGUGAUGACCUUGAUGGUGCCAUGUGAAUGACCUUAGACCAUGAAGCCCACACACAAGCUGCUGUUUAUCCUGUGUGCCUUGCUGGUGCUGGGCUUUAUUUACUACUCUUCUUGGAAGCUACAUCUAUACGUAUGGGGACAGAAGCCUCUAAUAACAAAGAGUCAGGGAGGACCAUUCAGACCAAUGGCCCCGAUCAGGAAAAAGGCCAAAGCAGAGAAAGAUGCAGAGGAGACGUCUGUAGCGCUGACUAAAGGUGCUGAAGUGAAAAGAAUUGCAGAGCUGAAAAAUGACAUCAACGUUGGACGAAUAGUAAGCUCAGGGUACGAUAAGCAGGGCUUUCUGCUGCAGCUGGAAACGAAACUGCCACCGGAGUUGGCAUACAAGUAUGGCAACCUCAGUGAAGGGGUGUGUAAACCAGGAUAUGCAGCAGCCAAGAUGACAUCCAUCUACCCUAAGUUUGUGAGAAAAGCACCCAUGUUCCUUGACCGGAACUUCAAACAACACACAAAAAUCAAAAACUACCUGCCGCCAUUUGGCAUCAAAACUCAAGAGAGAAUAAUCGACAACAUUUUAGCUGAAACAAAAAGUUUUGGACUCAGGGAGGACCUCGACAGUCUCGGCUGUAAAAGAUGCAUCAUAGUGGGAAACGGGGGGAUCCUGUACAAUAAGUCUUUGGGCUCCCGUAUAGAUGAAUAUGACGUUGUUGUGAGGUUAAAUGGAGCCCCAAUAGCUGAUUACAAAAGAGAUGUAGGGACCAAAACCACAUUGAGGAUUACCUACCCAGAGGGAGCAAUCCAGAAAUCUGAACAGUAUGAAGGCGACUCCCUCUUCGUCUUUUCUGCUUUUAAACCAAUUGAUUUUAAAUGGCUGAAAAACAUGGUCUUCAAGGAAAAACUGCUAGUAGAACACAGACGAAGAUGGGAGUCUAGAAGUGACAGGGCAAAAAUAUGGAUGCAGAAUGCAAGGAUAGUGAUCAAGAUGAAAAAUGGGAUAAAGUACAAGAUUGUCGAGAAUAAGAGUCGUAUGGAUGGCUUCUGGAAGUCUGUAGCUCAGCAUGUGCCUCGGAAGCCAGCUGAAAUGAGGAUCCUCAACCCAUACUUCAUCCAGGAGGCUGCAUUCCAGUUCAUAGGCCUGCCAUUCAACAAUGGUUUAAUGGGCAAAGGGAACAUUCCAACUUUGGGAACAGUUGCUAUAACCAUGGCGCUGCAUAACUGUGACGAGGUGGCGGUGGCUGGCUUUGGCUACGACAUGACCUCUCCUCAAGCACCUCUGCACUACUAUGAGAGCGUCAAGAUGUCUGCCAUUAAAGAGUCUUGGACACACAACAUAGCCAAGGAGAAGGAGUUCCUCCGCAAGCUGGUAAAGGCCAACGUUAUCACAGAUCUCACCAAAGGUAUCUGAGUUUACACCCAACUCCAGCCGCCUUCCGCCAUUUCUGCCGGAACAACGAACUGAAAGCUGGAUUGACUCAAGAAGCAGAGAACUGAUCCCCCUACCCCCUUAAGCCAGGCCUGCUCACUGCCGGGGGUAGAAGAGGGUAACUAUCAAAGAAGUUUCUAAGAGUUUUGUUGAAAGAUGCACUCAUGUGCCUUCAGAACCAAAGACCCCUGCUUAUCAAAGCAGGGGCAGAACAGGCUGCAGGAGGAUUGGAUCUGCCUGGCACCUGUUGAAGUAUUGCUGUGCUGGGCCCAUCACUAUAAAGUAUCACACACCUGAAAUGGAAUGGUAACAGUGAGAGGACAGCUGAAGGAAUGAAGCGAAACUGAACAACGUGUGGGGAAUGGGUCGAGUAUUAGCAGUGCCAAAUGUACCUCGCAAAGGGGAGAAGACUCCCCCUCUCCUGUUUUGUCUGAAUGUAUUCUCUCUGUAAAUAUCAAAGAUUUGUACUGUGCUUUUUACCAAGCUGCAGUAGCUCCGUGAUCA